UGUCAUUGUCAUCCUCAUCCUGGGACGACAAGAUGCCGGGAGGUUUCAUCGUACAGGAGGAGAUGGAGAUCCUCCGCUCCGUGGACGCGAACCACCAAACGCUGGAUGAGGCGAACCUACUGCUGCACUACGAUAUGCAGAUGAUUUACCAGCGUAACGUCAGCAAUUCGACGCAAAAAGACACG